UAUAUGCAUUUUGUAUAAGAAAACUAAGAAACCACGAAUUGGCCAAUCCAUCAACAAUUACAGGAUCUCACACUCCCUCUCGGAAGUCGGACCUCCUCCUAAUACGGCGUCGUCGGGAGUACCGUCCGCUCAGUAGAAGUAGAUGGGGCUGUUGAGGAGGAUAGCGGGGUUUCUAGGGUUUGCCAAGGACGACGGGCCCGAAGUGAAAGACAACGAGGAGGAAGACGAAGACGAUGAUCAAGCGCACAAUCGGGCCCACUUUCAAGAAACAGGGCUUCCCCGCAAAGGCUUCAGCGUUCCCCGCCAAGUCGUCGUUGAUCGGAACCUGCCCGGUCCCGUCAUCGUUCCUUGCCGCUCCGGCGACGGCGGUGUCCAGGGUCUAAAAUGGCAUGCAAAGAGACUCAGGAUAGACGAAGAUGGAGAUGUAGCAGACGAGUUUCUUGAUGAGGUCUUCCCAGGGAUGUCAAUCAGUACAGAAAAUAAUAGGGCAUUACCAAGGUUUGAAGUGAAACACAAUACCAAGCCAGCUAAAGUGAAGAGUCAGGCCUUGCAUGAUGGGAAAAUCAGACAGUGCGUGGAAUACCGGGGUAGAUCGCAGUGGAGAUGAAGACUUCUAUAACAGAUUAUCAAGUCCAGGGAGUUUUUAAUAUAAUUUUAGUGGUCUUUUAACUUUUGAGUGAAUUUGUCAUCCGUGUUCUGGUGCCGAUUAGAAAUAUGGAGGACUACGUCCCAUUAUAUUAAUACCUAAGGUUUAAGGUUUGAAAACUGGUUGGUUCCGUAAGGUUUGGGUUGUACUGAUGGUUGGCAACAGAGCAUCUUGGACCUGUGUUCAUGGACUUGCACGUAGGAGUUGAGUGUAAACAUUUCGUAUAAUUCAGUAAUAUACACUAGUAGUGGUAAUGCUAAA